CGCAACUGAUAAUUUUGCUAGCAAUCCGUGUUAGUGGGCCACAUCCAGAACAAUUGCCCGCCAGCAGCCCGUCAGGCAGGCUUUUGGCGGUGGGUCUCAGACACUGCUCGAAGCUUCUGGUUGGCCGGCCAAAGCGUCGAAGGUGCUGGAAAUCCAUCGAAAAACACCACGCCCAUAGAAAUAAAAACUCCUCGCCCGCUCCCUCUGCUGCCUUUCCACUACACAACACAAACUCCUUCUACAAAGACUCACCCAUACCAAGUCCCAGACUUUGUGAGCACUUCUACUGUUUCCCUUUCUUCUUUGAUACCCCACUACCCAUACCCAUACCCAUACACAUAUCCACAUCAUGGCCCCCGCGAUUGGUAUCGAUCUCGGUACGACGUACUCUUGCGUCGGUAUCUUCAGAGAUGACCGCAUCGAAAUCAUUGCCAACGACCAGGGCAACCGCACCACGCCCUCGUUUGUCGCCUUCACAGACACUGAGCGCCUCAUCGGCGACUCAGCGAAGAACCAAGUCGCCAUGAACCCCGUCAACACCGUCUUCGACGCAAAGCGCCUCAUCGGCCGCAAGUUCGCCGACGCUGAGGUCCAGGCCGACAUGAAGCACUUCCCCUUCAAGAUCAUCGACAAGGGCGGCAAGCCUGUCAUCCAGGUCGAGUUCAAGGGCGAGGAGAAGACCUUCACCCCCGAGGAGAUCUCAUCCAUGGUCCUGACCAAGAUGAGGGAAACCGCAGAGUCGUACCUUGGUGGCACCGUUAACAACGCCGUCGUCACCGUCCCCGCAUACUUCAACGACUCGCAGCGUCAAGCCACCAAGGACGCUGGUCUGAUUGCUGGCCUCAACGUCCUCCGCAUCAUCAACGAGCCCACCGCUGCUGCCAUUGCCUACGGUCUUGACAAGAAGACCACAGGCGAGCGCAAUGUCCUCAUCUUCGAUCUUGGUGGUGGUACUUUCGAUGUCUCUCUCUUGACUAUCGAGGAGGGCAUCUUCGAGGUCAAGUCGACUGCCGGUGAUACCCAUCUCGGCGGUGAAGACUUCGACAACCGACUUGUCAACCACUUCACUAAUGAGUUCAAACGCAAGACGAAAAAAGAUCUCACCUCCAACGCGCGUGCUCUCCGACGUCUCCGAACCGCCUGCGAGCGGGCCAAGCGUACCCUCUCCUCCUCCGCCCAGACGUCCAUCGAGAUCGACUCCCUGUAUGAGGGCAUCGACUUCUAUACCUCCAUCACCCGUGCGAGGUUCGAGGAGCUCUGCCAGGAUCUCUUCCGCUCCACCAUGGAGCCCGUCGAGCGUGUCCUUCGCGACGCCAAGAUUGACAAGUCUACCGUCCACGAGAUCGUCUUGGUCGGUGGUUCUACCCGUAUCCCCAAGGUCCAGAAGAUGGUCUCCGACUUCUUCAACGGCAAGGAGCCCAACAAGUCCAUCAACCCCGAUGAGGCCGUUGCCUACGGUGCCGCCGUCCAGGCCGCUAUCCUGUCCGGUGACACGUCCUCCAAGUCGACCAGCGAGAUCCUGCUUCUCGACGUUGCGCCGCUCUCCAUCGGUAUUGAGACCGCUGGUGGUGUCAUGACUGCUCUCAUCAAGCGCAACACGACCAUCCCCACCAAGAAGUCCGAGGUAUUCUCGACCUUCAGCGACAACCAGCCCGGUGUGCUCAUCCAGGUCUACGAGGGUGAGCGUGCCCGCACCAAGGACAACAACCUUCUCGGAAAGUUCGAGCUUACCGGUAUUCCUCCUGCGCCCCGUGGUGUUCCUCAGAUCGAGGUCACCUUCGAUGUUGACGCCAACGGUAUCAUCAACGUCUCUGCCCUCGAGAAGGGUACCGGCAAGACCAACAAGAUUGUCAUUACCAACGACAAGGGCCGUCUGUCCAAGGAGGAGAUUGAGCGCAUGUUGGCUGAGGCUGAGAAGUACAAGGAGGAGGAUGAGGCUGAGGCUUCCCGCAUCUCCGCAAAGAACGCUCUUGAGUCAUACGCCUACUCGCUGCGCAACACCCUCUCCGACUCCAAGGUCGACGAGAAGCUCGAUGCCGGUGACAAGGAGAAGCUCAAGGCCGAGAUCGACAAGACCGUCACCUGGUUGGACGACAACCAGACUGCUACCAAGGACGAGUACGAGUCGCAGCAGAAGGAGCUCGAGGGUGUCGCCAACCCCAUCAUGAUGAAGUUCUACGGUGCUGGCGGCGAGGGUGGCAUGCCCGGCGGUAUGCCCGGCGGCGGCAUGCCUGGUGGUCCCGGCGGCCCCGGCGGUGCCAGCCACGAUGACGGCCCCACCGUCGAGGAGGUCGACUAAGCGGAUCGUCUCCUUGAGCUGUCUUCUUUGUCUCCUUCAUCGGCCCUCUUCAAGCAUAGAUUCUUUUCUGGGUGGUAGUUCUCGGAGUUUCUGGCCAGCGAGCCAUUUUUUCACAGGUUUUCAAUGCAUCGGAUGAGUUACGAUCACACGAGUGGGAAAAGUUUGGUGGAUAG